ACAUGCUGAAGGAGCUCCAGUUCUCCCUAUCCAUCACCCUGCUGUUUGCCUGUGGCUUCCUCUACCAGUUCCUCCUGAGAUCCUCCUGCUUCUUCUCCUGCCUGAUGCCCUUCAAGUUCCAGCAGGACCCCGAAUCCCUCCUGAGCCAUGGACGUGGCAUUGUGUUUGUAGAGACCUCAGAGCGACUGGAGCCACCCCCACUGGUCUGCUGCGCCGUGGAGUCUGCUGCCAGGGUUUAUCCAGAGCAGCCCGUGGCCUUCUUUAUGAAAGGUCUCAACAGUUCCAUUCAGCUGCCCUCAAACUCCAGCUACCCAGCCUUUUCCCUCCUCUCAGCCCUGGACAAUGUUUUCCUCCUCCCUUUGGAUAUGAAAAAGCUGUUGGAAGACACACCCCUGUAUUCAUGGUAUACUCGAAUCAAUGCCAGUACACAGGCAUAUUGGCUCCAUGUCAGCUCAGAUGCAUCCCGCCUGGCUAUCAUCUGGAAAUACGGUGGUGUCUACAUGGAUACUGACGUCAUCUCCAUCAGGCCUAUUCCCGAGGAGAACUUUCUGGCUGCUCAGUCCUCUCGGUACUCUAGUAAUGGGGUGUUUGGGUUCCUGCCCCACCACCCCUUCUUGUGGGGAUGCAUGGAAAACUUCGUUGAACACUACAAUUCAAAAAUUUGGGGCAACCAAGGUCCUAUUUUGAUGACGAGGAUGUUGAGAUUAUGGUGCAAACUUGGAGACUUCCAAGGGCUGAGUGACCUCAGGUGUCUGAACUUGUCCUUCCUAUACCCCCAGAGAUUUUACCCAAUCUCUUAUCCCCAGUGGAGGCGUUACUAUGAAGUCUGGGACAGAGACCUGAGUUUCAAUGACUCUUAUGCCCUGCAUUUGUGGAACUACAUGAACAAGGAGGGGAGGACCGUGGUUCGAGGAAGCAACACACUGGUGGAAAAUCUCUUUCGUGAGUACUGUCCCAGGACCUACAGGGACCUGAUCCAAGGCCCAAAAGGAUUAGUGACCAGGAAGCUGGGGCCAGGUAACAAAUAGAGUCAAACAACAAGUUACUGUGGGCAUGUGACACUGGAAACUACCGGACUGCCAUACUUUUGCUUGAUUUCUACUCUCUCCUGGGGGUGGGG